GGGCAUCGCCAUCAUCAACAGUCCGUCGUCGUCGCAAUUCAACACGCGAAGAACGGAUUGUUCUCAAAAUCCAUCCCAUCCCAUCCCAUCGCAUCGCAUCGCAUCCGCAUCCGCAUCGCAUCCGCAUCCGCAUCGCAUCGCAUCGCAUCGCAUCUGCAACCUUCCGCCAUCAAGAGUCGUCGUACCGUAUCUUUUCGAGACGCGUGUUUUUGUUUGACCAACAGCACGCAAUUCCAAACAAAACAGCAAGACACGUACCAACAAACCAAGGCCUCCGUGACUGGAAAGUAAAACAAAGCAACGCGAAGCAAAGCAAAACAACACACACGCCCGCCGCGCAUCACAUCGAUGGCGUUCGCCAGGACGAGGAGCAUCGCCGCGGCCUGUCUGAUCACCACUACGUGCACGAUCCUCCCUCUCUCCCACGCGUUUCGGCCGGCCCUGCAAGCGCUCGCGGGAAACACCGGGCGGCUAGCACUCUCGGUCUCCCCGCUUUCUUUCGGUUCCGCUCGUUACGGUUCCGUUUCUGUUUCUGUUUCGGCCGGACCGCAAGCCUUCCGCCACCGCUGCCCCCCCUGCGGAACAAGAACCACCCGUUCCCGUUCCGUUCGGUUCCGGGGRAUCGCAACGACAACCAAAGCGACAGCGACAGCGACGCCCGGGCUCGGAAGCCUUGGCAGCAGCAGCAACUGCAACCACCAGAGCAAGAGCAAGAACCACAUCCACACGAAUCGGCUCCGUCGCCCGUCCGGCCUGGCACUGUCUUCCACCGGCUUUGGCACGAUGCCCUUUUCGCGGGAGCUCUCCUUCUUUCCCCCGGCCGAAACCAGCGCCGGAAACAACGGAAACGAAGCAAACGGAAACGAAGCAAACGCAAAAACACAAACACAUACACAAACACAAUCACAAACACAUACACAAACACAACCCGAAUACACCAUGGACUCCCUCAUGGGCUGCGCGGAGCGGCUGGUCCGCGGAACGGCCGGCCGCUCCAAGCUCUGCUUUUUCGUGGCGGGYGGGGGCUCCACGGCCGUCUCGGCGCUGGCUUCCACCCCGGGGGCCUCGGCGGUCCUCUCGGAGGGCCGGACGACCUACGACCGGCACUCCUUUCUCUCCGCCUGCGGGGUCCCCGACAGGGACACGGCCGGCAGGUCCUUUUCCUACGGGGGGAGGACCGCCGCGGGCAUGGCCACGAGGGCCGCCCUGGAGCAGGGACUGGCACUGGCCUCGAUGGACUCGGACCUGAGGGCCAUGCCGGGGGUGGUCGGGAUCGGAUGCGCCUCGGUGCUGGUCAGCAACCCCCGUGGAAGCAGCAGCAGCAGUAACAGUGCCAGUGCCAAUAACAACAACAACAACAACAACGAAAACGCCCCCCCGAGCGGACCCUUUGGCAGGGGAACGGUGGUGGCGGCAUCGGCCGACGGAUGGAUCCUCACCCUGGCCAUCCAAAUGAACAAGCCCCGCUCGAGGUUCGAGGAGGAGCUGGUCCUCGGCCACCUGGUCCUGGAAGCGGCGGAACGGAUGGGGACCSCAAGCCCYCCCGAAACAAAGGCCGGCUUGGCCACCGYKGMRAGGAACUACGAGACGCCGGCCGGGGACGGGAUCACCGAGAACUGGGAGUGGGCCCCCUGCCUCUCCCCGCUGUCCAUGGACGGCCCKRCCYCGGAACSUUCCGCUUCGGGGGMRRAAGCYGUUGGACCGUUGCGGGACCACCCGACCGAUGUGGUGGAAGCCGCCGCCCGGCGGGUGGUGGAAGGGGGAGAAGACGCCGUGGUCCUGCUGCCGSUCUACGCAGGGGCCCACCCCGACCGGCCCUCCGGGAUCCGGGCCCUGUCCCUCCCGGUCCUGCCCAACGGGUGCCUCGUCUUCCCGGGGAGCUUCCAUCCCCCCCACGCCGGGCACCUCUCCCUGGCGGGGGCCGCCGUCCGGACCCUCGAGGCCCUCGAGCCGUACGCCCACCCCCGCAGGCACAACGAAAAGCCGGUCCUCUUCGAGCUGAGCCUCACCAACGCGGACAAGCCGGCCAUCGAUCCGGGGGAGGUCGUUGCGCGGGUCUCGGCCUUUCUGGACCUCGCUUCGGGGAGGGACGAAGGCGCAUGCGCCUUUCCGGAGCAAUGGGGGAUCGUUCUGACCCGGGCCCCCCUCUUCGGGGAAAAGAUCAGGGUCCUCCGGAAGGGGGUCCUCGACCGGCUGGAGGGCCCGGGCCGCUCCCCCAGGAUCCGCUUCGUCAUCGGGACCGACACGCUGGUCCGGAUCCUCGACCCGAAGUACUACCCGGGCCGGUCGCUGGAGGGCCGGGACGCCGCCCUAAAGGCGCUGGGGGAGGAGGGGGCGGCCUUUGUCGUCGGGGGACGCCUCGAGCAGGGGAAAAACCAAGACGCCCCGAGGUUCGUCUCGGGAAGGGAGGAGCUGGCCGGCCUUCGAGGGUCCCUGGCCCGGAUGUUUGCGGUCAUCGACGAGUCGGACUUUCGGGUCGACCUGUCCAGCAGCGAGCUGCGGGCCCGGAAGGAGGCGGGGGAGUGAACGGAACCGAACCGAAUCGAAUGGAAUGGAACCGGCGCAGCCCAGCGCGGCAAAACAGCGAAAAGAACCCAGCGCACUGCGUUGCACAGCACUGCACUGUACUGCGUUGCGUUGCACGGACGGUCCCUCUCGCGCAGCGGACCGGACCCGAAACAGCGCAGCGAGGCCUUCCCCGGCAGCUGCCGGGGAGCCUCUCGCGUGCCGCAAACGAAAACGCUGCCGGGCUUGCGAAUGCAAAAACCAAAAACUACCGUAGUUGUUUGUUAGCGAGAACGAACCAAGCAAUAACAGUCUAGUGCAAUGAAAUAGUCUUUGAACA